CGGGCAGGCCGAGUGCGGCCUGACUUGGCUGCGGGCUGUCUACGGAGCGGCUGGGAGGAUGGGCCUCUCCGCCGCGGCCCUGCUGUGGGGCCUCCCAGGGCUUCUCCUGAUCAUCGCCCUGCACCCGGCUUUCUCCCCGUGCCCCGCCCAGGCCUCGGUGCCCGCGCACCGGGACUACUGUGUCCUGGGUGCCGGGCCCGCUGGGCUGCAGAUGGCCUACUUCCUGCAGCGGGCCGGCAGGGACUACGCCGUGUUCGAACGCGCCCCGGGACCGGGCAGCUUCUUCACGCGCUACCCGCGGCACCGCAAGCUCAUCAGCAUCAACAAGCGGUACACAGGCAAGGCCAACGCCGAGUUCAACCUCCGCCAUGACUGGAACUCUCUGCUCAGCCACGAUCCCCGGCUGCUCUUCAGACACUACUCCAACGCCUACUUCCCCGAUGCCGGAGACAUGGUGCGCUACCUGGGCGACUUCGCAGACCGGCUGGGGCUCCACGUGCUGUACAACACAACCAUUGCCCACGUCACUCUGAACAAGGAUCAGCGGGCCUGGAAUGGCCAUUACUUCAUCCUGACCGACCAGAAGGGCCAGGCAUACCAGUGUAGCGUCCUUCUCGUGGCCACUGGCUUGUCAGUCCCCAACCAGGUUGACUUCCCUGGCUCCGAAUACGUGGAUGGUUAUGAGUCCGUGUCCGUGGACCCCAAGGACUUCGUGGGUCAGAAUGUGCUGAUCCUGGGCCGGGGGAACUCGGCCUUUGAGACGGCGGAGAACAUCUUGGGUGUCACCAACUUCAUCCACAUGCUGAGCCGCUCCCGGGUCCGGCUCUCCUGGGCCACCCACUACGUCGGCGACCUCAGGGCCAUCAACAAUGGCCUGUUGGACACCUACCAACUGAAGUCCCUGGACGGGCUGCUCGAGUCUGACCUGACGGAUCUGGCCAUUGUGAAGGACCACGAGGGCAAAUUCCACGUCACCCUGAAGUUCUUCCUGGAGGAAGGCGACCGGAGUGCCGACGCCGUCCCCCUCCCCCAGGACGAUAACGACAACUUCGCCUUGCGCGUGGCCUACGACCGGGUCAUCCGCUGCCUGGGCUGGAGCUUCGACUUCUCCAUUUUCAGCAAGUCCCUCCGACUCUCUGCAGGGGGUGAGCUCAGCAAGAAGUACCCCCUGGUGAAAGCCAGCUAUGAGUCCAAAGGGAGCCGGGGCCUCUUUGUCCUGGGGACUGCCAGCCAUUCCGUGGAUUACCGGAAAUCUGCUGGGGGCUUCAUCCAUGGAUUCCGAUACACAGUGCGUGCCGUCCACCGGCUGCUGGAGCAGCGCCAUCACGGCGUCACCUGGCCCUCCACCGAGCACCCCAUCACACAGCUGGCCAGUGCCAUCAUCCGGCGCGUCAACGAGGCUUCUGGGCUCUACCAGAUGUUCAGUGUGCUGGCCGACGUGGUCCUGUUGGGGGAGAAUGCCACUGCUUUUGAGUACCUGGAGGAGUUCCCCAUGCAGGCGCUGGCCCAGCUGGAGACAAUCACGGGAAGAAGGGCAAGGCACGGGCUCUUCGUCAUCAAUAUGGAGUAUGGCCGGAAUUUCUCUGGGCCCGACAAGGACGUCUUCUUCUAUGACCGCUCUGUGGGGCACACGGAAGACGCCUGGCUGUCUAACUUCCUCCAUCCUGUCAUCUACUACUAUAGGCACCUCCCCACCGAGCAGGAGGUGAGGUUCCGCCCUGCAGGCUGGCCUCUGCCGCGGCCCACGGCCAUCCACCACAUCGUGGAAGAUUUCCUGACAGACUGGACGGCCCCGGUGGGGCACAUUCUGCCCCUGAGGCGCUUCCUGGAGAACUGCUUAGACACCGAUCUCCGGAGCUUCUAUGCAGAGUCCUGUUUCCUAUUCGCCCUAACACGCCAGAAGCUGCCACCCUUUUGCCAGCAGGGAUACCUGAGAACACAGGGGCUCGUGGGAACUGAGAGCCUCCGCCAGCACGGCGUGGAGAGCGGGCUCCUGUGGGACUAUGCCACUGUGGGCCGGGGGGACAGCGGCCAGCAACCUGGCGACCACGGGCCAGGACAGCACCCUCUGGCUCCAGGGCCUCCGGUCUCACCCUUCGACAGCAACAAAGAGGAGCUCUGAUGGCCAGGCUUCUCCCGCCCAGGCCCACAGUCGGCCCUGCCCUUUCCCCACGGUUCAGUGCUCCCACCGACGUGACUGCCAGAGACACCUCAGAUCAUCGCAGUGACCGCACCAAAGCCACACGGAGGGCACGUAAGGGCUGAAGGGCGGCCACUCGGUGGUCUCCCCUCCUGUUCGGUUCAGAGGUGCCUGGGAAGUGGGGACCAGAGAAAGCAUCUUCUGCCAGAUGGAAGGGAGCUGCCUUCCACACCGGACUUGUCUGCAAAUGAGCUGUCACGGAGCACCAGGCUGGCCUCAGUUCUGUCCCCAUCAAGUGCCCAGUGGUUCCUUUUCCUUCCAGUUGUCGACUUAAAAAAUAUUCACAACCUAAAAGUUGAGAGUUAUGUUUUAUUCAGCGGGAAUUCUUAAGACUUCAAACCCAGGAGGCAGCAUGUCAAAUAACCCUGAAAGAACUGCUCCGACAAGGUGAGCGGGGAGCCAGGUUAUACAGAAGUUUGGCAACCAAGGGCAGGUGGUCUGAACAUCAAAAGAUUAUUGUUAAUUAAAGAAAACCAGAUAUUCCAAGUUUAGGAACUUAGUGCCUUUCUGUGUAUGGGAAGAUGCAAGAGUCUGGGCUCACUGAAAUCUUUCUUUUGAUAUGCACCUCAGCUGUCUGGGGCCAAUAUCCUACGUUUUCACAUCCUGAGUUUCCUCAGGGCUCACCGUGGGGAGUGGCUGCAGUCUGAUGGCUGCUCAAAGGCAGGUAUUCUUUCCUUCCUGAGCUCCCUCAGGGCUCACCGGCUCACAUCAGUGGUGGCUGCAAUCACUGACGAGUGUGGCAUCCUUUGUUUACUGAUGUAGCGGGAAAUACUGCAUUUCUCAGAUCCUCCUCUUGGUUGGAAAUUUGACCAAUAUUUGGGAGACAUUUCAUGACCAAAUUUUGUCCCACGGCACUGGGAGGCGCAUCCCAGAUCGGGUGAACAUUUUUGUUGAUGUGUCACUCCAGGUGCUAGUUUCCAGAUUAGGCCCUGUUGAUAACUAAAGAUUCUCUGGAUCGUCUGUCUUACUAGUCUACUAUGAUCCAGGAAAUGUUUUCCCUUUUUGCUCCUUCCCGUACCUAGAAUCACACUAUUACAGUUAUUCUAUAAGAGUCAUAAAUGUGAUCUGUUUCCUCAAGAUGUUUAGCCAUCAUCAAUUUUGUUGGAGGCCUGGUUACACACUGGGUACUGUGAGAGACGACAAUCUUAUAAAAUAGACAGGAUAUAAGUAAUGCAGCUGGUAAUAUUGACAAAGUCUUAGUGCAGCAGGGAGACACGAAGUACAAACAAUUUGGAAACAAAGAACAAAUUAAAACAAUUAUUAGUAUAACGAGUUGUAAUCCAGUUGCAAUAAACCAUCAAGUCCACAGGAGGGCCAGCUGGAGAGGCCAAAUUUUGGCAGGAACAGGUAGAGAGAAAAAGAUAAAUGUUUCAUCUUUGUUUACAAAGGUAUACCUUAUCAACUUGUUGUACAUCAUAGCAUAAGAGAGAAGGGUUUUUUCUGAAAAACAAAGAUUAAAGCUAGUAUAUUUCCCAAAGUCAUAAAGUUAUAAAUCGUGUUCAUCAGUCCUUCAGCCCAUGUAACUGAUCCCUGUUGGUCUGGAUGAAGUGAUCAGGUCUUGUUACAGAGUUCAGUGGUAUUAUCUAAAGGCAAUCAGAAACUUAUAUUUGGGGACUUCCCUCCCUGGUGGCGCAGUGGUUAAGAAUACGCCUGCCAAUGCCGGGGACAUGGGUUCGAACCCUGGUCCAGGAAGAUCCCACAUG